UUUGUAAAAAAAGCUAAAAAUUUGAAAAAUAUAGAUAAAAUAUAAAAUUAGUUUUAUAGCAGAAGAUUUUAUUUAAAAAAGAUAAAAUUUUAUUUUGUGUAAAUGGUGAUUAUAAAAGAUAAAGAAGUUGCAUUACAAGAAGGAAAGGAUGAUUCGUAUAUAAUAUCUUCGCGUACCACUGCGAAUUCAGAAGAAAGUCAAGUUGUUCUAGUGACCGGAGCGACGGGAUAUACGGCGGGACACGUCAUUAAACUUUUGCUCGAGAAAGGCUACCGAAUCAAAGCAACAUACCGAAAAAAUGCCGAAAACGAAGCCAAAAUCCAAGCAUUGAAAAAAAAUUUGGGACUUUCUGACGGUGACGAUGUAACACCAGUGUUUCGGAAAAAAAUAUCUUUGGACUUCAUGGAGGCUGAUUCGAACGAUUCUUUCGAAUUGUGGAAAGAUAUAGUGAAAGGCUGCACAUACGUCGUUCAUUUAGCUGGUCCGAUAUUCGCAGAAAGUAUGGAUAAGGACUCCAAUAUAUUGCUUGCGAGUACGAAACAACCCGACAUCGAUGACGAUAACAUUAAUGUAGCGAAAGAUAUCAAUAAAGAAUUAACGGUGAAUGACAAGGAUAAAGAAUUAUUACCCGUCCCUAGUCCCAUUUCCGCUGAUCAAAGGAUCAUAGAUUUAGCCGUGAACGGAAUUCUAAACUUAUUAAAAGCUUGCAAACACUCAAAAACGGUUAAGAGAGUAGUUUUAACUUCGUCGUUUUCCGCCAUCAUAGGCAAUCCCUCCCUCAUUGAUAGCUCAAAGGAGUACUCCGAAAGUGAUUGGACCCAAUGCUCGGGUGCUGACGAUAAUACUUUGGAAAUUUAUCCCAAGAUCAAGACCCUGAGCGAGCGAGUUGCUUGGAAUUUCCUAAAUAACGCUAGUUCGGAAGCGAUAUUAGUCGACGUUGAUGCGUUAACGAACGGGGAGAGUAAUGGGCAAGAGGCUGUUUUUAACGAAUCGGCUAAAGUUUGUCGUAAAGAUGAAGAGCUAGAAGGCAAAAAAAGUCCAAGGAGAGAAGGAAAAGAUGAGGAAAUUGUUGAAGGAUUAUCGGAAGAAAAUACGGAUGUAAUUUACGGUAAACCAAUAUAUUCUAAAAAAGAGGACGAUUAUAAAUUCGAAUUAGUCGUAAUGAACCCAGUCGUAGUGUUGGGUCCCUCUGUCACAGAUUCAUACACCGGAGCCGGUUUUGAGUUAAUGAAAAAGCUAAUGAGAAGAGAUAUUUCGGCCAUACCGAAGAUAAAUUUUCUGAUUAUUGAUGUCAGGGACGUUGCAUUGGCUCAUUACAAAGGCAUGAUAACUCCACAAGCUUCUGGCCAACGAUUUUUACUCUGCAACCGAGGCAUAUGGCUCAAGGAGAUAGCCAAUGUUAUCAAUAAAGAAUUCAAGAGUAAAGGGUACACAGUGCCCACUUUGCAAUGCCCUUCUUUUAUGGCUAGCCUGUUGAAAGGAUUCUUCGAUAAGACACUCAAGCAUUAUUUACCUUUUGUGGGCAAAGAAAUACAUUGUUCUAAUCAUAAUAUGAGAGAAAUCUUGCAAAUCAUACCUAGGGAACUACACCAGACUAUAGUGGAUAUGGCACAAGACUUGAUAGACAAUGGACAAGUCAGUUUGACACAGAUUGCUAGUGUUAACGGGGCUCAUCUUAACGAAGCGGAUUCCAUCAUUAUGAAUGGGAAUAAUACGGCUAAUGUUAAUACAACCACCAGUUAUUCUCUUUUCGGAGCACUAACCAAAAGAACAGAUACUAAAAAGUCACUCAAAAAUUUUGCAAAAAAUACUAAUGGGGAUGUCGAAAGUUCUCUUAAAUUAUUGAAAGAUACUAGUGGUUCCACCAAUCAAGCUCUGAAAACGGACGAAAAUGAUCAACUUUUCGACACUAAUUUUGAUCUCUCACAAACUUCUCAAAUUAAUAGAGACGCGAUGGAAGCAGAUAAAUCUAACACGAUCGAUAAAUCCAUUAGUAAACCUUUAAAUAAAUUACAUCACAGCAUGAGCAUGAGCCGUGUAAAGCUCUUCGGAAAAGGGUGGCAAUCGCUCUUGCAUAAUAGUAACACUUCGUCCAAGUUGACCACCAACAAGGAAGAAAUGAAAAGUUCCAAUUCUAACCCUGGUUCUAACAGCAAUACCUUACAAUUAGAUGGAAAUAAGGAUUCUUCAGAACUCGUCAAAGAUGAUCAUCAACAGACUCCAAAUAUCACCACAGUUAAGAGUAAUAGUUUGGAAGGUGCCGGAAGUAACAAGGAUUCGAGAGAAAUUUCUUCCAAUAAAAAGGGGGCUGGAGGUAACAAAGUUGCCAAAAAAAAGUGGAGUUUGCAUUAUCAUCAUAAUUAUCUAUCUACCAAAAGGAACAAUCAAAAUAAUAUGGCUACUAAUUCUAACGAAAAAAAUAUGGACGAUGGAAAGGAAGUUUCUAAGGAACCCUCUAACACCGAUAAUCCCGGCAAAGUUUCUAGCAAUGAAGCAAAUACCGUUAAUCCCACUGGAGGAGGUGGUAUAUUGGGAUUGAGUGGUAUGGCUAAAUGCUUUCCUCAUUACUUCAAAUCUUUGGUCAUGGACGACAAAUGCGGCAAUUCCGGCAAAAGUAAUCAGCAAUCCAAAGGCGAUAACCAAGACAAUUCCGCCACCAGCUCUAAAUCUAACACAUUAGAACAACCUUCCGAAACUAACAUCUUCCAAAGGACGAAUAAUAUUAACAAUAACGCGAACUUCAUAACUUACAUCGAUUCCCAUAGCUUGAAUUCUCAAAAUAAUAACAAUUCCAAUCAUCCUAACCUUCCCAAUUUAGGGAAUAUAAGCAAGAAAGGACUGGGUUCAGGAGGCCAUACAAGUCCGCCUCCAGUCGUUUUGAUAUCUUCUAGACCUAUAACACCCGAGAGUGAGAAGGUACUUUCAGCCAAUCAAUACCAAUCUCCCAUAAAUCAAAAUUACGGGCUGAGCGAUGUAAAGAUGCUAUUGUUUGAAGGAAACUCCAAUGCUAUGGCUACCGAUAUAGUUAGAGGAGCGGUACUUUACGGAAUGAAUCCAUACAAUCAAACCGACUCUAACCUCUAUCACCAAAAUCCGAAUAUAAAUAAUUAUAAUAAUUCACAAAACGGUUCUAAUACGUUUACAGCUUCCACCACUUAUCAACAUUGCAGAAAGGAGUCGCUGAGCAAAAAUUUUGUUUCUUCCAUUCAAGGAGUCAGUUUGAGCAACACCAAUAAUACGUCUAACGAAACCAUAUCUAUAACUAAUAAUAAUAACCAGGGCGUGAUAUUGAACGGCUAUCAUCACGAGAAUGAAUUUAAUAUCAACGGACACCACGAGGAUUGCGAUGUUGCCGGAGAACCUAAUAUUGAGGAAAACUCGAAAAAAGGCAAAGAAAUUAAUACUAGUGGCUCAUCAUUGAUUGUUAACGCUUAAUCCCGUCACCUAUUGCCCUUUCAAAUGAAAGAUAAAUAUAUAAUUUUUUAAAUGAACAUAGAAAUCGCGAAUUUACAAUAUCAUAUAUUAUAUAAUAUGAGUAAUUAAUAUUUUUUAAUUGAAAAACAAAACCUUAACUGUUAAGGGUGGCUUAUUUUUUCUUUGCUUUAUUAAAUUAGUAUUUUUUUUCUCCCCCUAUAAAAAAUUCUACUUAUAUUUUCAUAGAUCACAACAUAAUACAAUUUCAUUUUUCUUUUGGAAACAAAGUUUAUCAACUUGAAUUAUUAAUAUUUUUUUUAAAUUUAUUCAUUUCAUAGAUUGAUAUAAUUAUUUAAUGAAUGGAAAGAUUCCUACUACACUAUUCUCAAUGAUUCCUAGUACUAAAAUUUUUUUAAAAUAUUUUUGAAAGAUCUUACAUUAUUGUCAUCCAUCAUUUUUGAUUAUUUAAUAUAAGAGGCCAAUUGUUUUAGCAUUGUAAUAAUUUUUUGUUUAAAUAUUUUUUAUCUCAUAUUUUAUGAUAAUAAUAGAUAUUUUAAAAACAAAUUUCAUAUAAAAUAAAAUUAUUGAUCUGUAAGCCAAAUUUAAAAUUAAUAUAGUUUUCUUAUAUGCAUCUAUCUUUCCUUGUGUAAAAAAUAUAUUCCUAUUUUUAAAAUUAAUUUUACUCUUACUUUUGGUUAUAUUCGAUUUUUAGCAGUCCUAAGAUUAAUUUAUUGUACCUUAGGAUUGUUACAUAAAGGUCAUUUAGAGCUAACGAAAAGUAAAAGUUAAUUAAAAGAUUUUUAUACUAUUAUGUACUAUUGCUAUAUAUUUGUGAACCUUUAAUUGAAAUAGGUCUGAUUUUUCUAUAUAUUAUUUUUAACAACUAAGACUUUUUAUAUAUUAUAAUUUGUAUUUAAUUAAUUAAUUUAAAAUACUAUAAGAAAUGUCUUAAAAAAUUAAUUUUUAUAUCGCAUUUCUACCAUAUAUUUUUUUUGACAUAAGCUUCUUCAAAAUAAUAUUACGAAUAUAAGAAUUUUUAAACAGGCUGAUAAUAUUUAUUUUAUUAAUUGAUUAUAUAUUUAUAGUAUACUUAAACAUAAUCAUUUUAAUUUAUUAUAAAUUGUACCUUUUAUAUG